UAAGAAGAAGGGUGCUUCUGAUAAAAAUUCUUUGCGGCCGCCGCAAAAAGUGAUGAACUGUUUGUUAAAAGUUAUGAUUAUUUAAGCCUUACUCUUUACAAAAUAGCUAGUUUGUAAACAAAUACUAAACUAAAAACAAUGGAUGCUCAACCGCCCAGAGAUGCAAGUUUACGCAAUAUAAUAGAUAAAUUGGCUGAAUUUGUGGCACGCAAUGGACCCGAGUUUGAAGCAAUUACCAAACAAAAGCAACAGAAUAAUCCAAAGUUUGAAUUUCUUUAUGGCGGCGAAUUCGCCAACUAUUAUCAAUUCCGUGUGGCAGCGGAGCAGGCAAUGUUAAAACAGCAAGGUGGCAUGCCAUCGAACGCGCUUUAUAUGCAACAGCCGCCACCCAAUCAUCCACACUAUGCGCCGCAACAGCAGCAGCAACAACAACAGCAGCAAAUGCCACCAAUUAUGCAUGACAAUGUCCAGGAUAGUAUGCAGCAACAAAAAUCACAACAUUUGUGGCCAUCUAAUGCUAGCGUUGCAACCGGAGCCGGUUCAGUUCCAUCUCCACAAUCAUCUAACGGAACGGCCUUGGCAUUGAACUUGGCAAGCCAAUUGGACGGCAUUAAAAUGCAACAGAAUACACUGCGAGAACAAAUCAAACAAUCGGAAGCAAAUCUUUCCGCACAGCAUACGGCGCUGAUGACACAAAAGACAAAGCAAAUCGACGAAGCGAUGGCAGCGGCACAGACGACACAGCUGGAGCAAUUGGCCACUGAGCAGGGUAUCGUCCUGAGGGAUUUCGAUGCUGUACUCCAGCCGAUCAUCGAGUCCUGCACCAAGGAUAGCAUCUCAUCAGGCAAGAACUGGAUUUUACAGCAUUCAACCGACAGCGCAAAAAUCAAUGUCGUUUUACAAUAUCUUUUAAAGAAGGCUUUGGUCAAUGGUUCAACGUUUCAGCAAAAAUUGCAUCUUAUAUAUUUAGUUAAUGAUAUACUCCACCAUUGCAUGCGCAAAAAUAUCAGCGAUUUGAAGAACAGCCUCGAGAAUGUCGUUAUACCGAUGUUCUGCAGCGCCGACUUGAUUGCCACCAACGAUCAGCGACAGAAGCUGUCGAAGCUGCUAUCCUUGUGGGAGUCCAAGGCCAAGUUCUUUGAUGCGUGUGUCAUAUCCAAGCUGCAGUCGCCGGACUCAUCGAUGCAGGAGUAUAAGACGAAUCUGCAGAAUACGCAUCACGACAUUGUGGCCAAGUACACGCAGAGCACAAAGGCCACGCUGGACAACUACCAAAAGCAGCAUCAGAUAUUCAUGCAACAUGCUACGCAACAAAUCGCGCAACUGGAGCAGCAGAAGCUGCAGCUGGAGAAACAAAUACUGGUCGCACAAACGGCGCAGCCGGGCACGCCGCAGGGCAAGGCCAUACCUUCAUUGAUGGCGCAGCGCAUCGCCAUGCCCGGCACAGUGGAAGAGCAGCAUAUGAAUACGCCGCCGCCUCCAACGGUAACGCACGAGCCAGGCGGCAACAUGUACGCCGGGUAUCCACAGCCACAACAGCAGCAACCACCGCCGCAGCAACAGCCGCCACCUGGCAGCCAUUAUGUGGAUGCACGGGGCUCUAAGUUUUUCAUUCCGGACAUGUCGAAGCCUCCGCCAGGCUUCCCAGCGCCCAUACACGGUCAGGUGCCACCACAGCAACAACAGCAGCAGCAGCAACAUCAACAGCAGCAGCAACCACUGCCGAAUCAGUAUCCACCAUUGCCUGGACAAUUGCCCGUGGCAGGUGGGGACGCGACCGUUGAUUUGGGCGUCUUAAAUGCAGCCAUACAGGCCGUAAUGCAACUGCAGCAACAUCAGCAACGACAUCCCGACGAGCAACAGCAGCAAUUGCAAAUGCAACACCAGCAACAGAUGCAGCAACAGCAGCAGGUUAUGCAACAGCCACCGCAAUUCGGACAAAUGCCACACUCGAACCUAGUUGAUUCUGGAGUCAAUAUGGGCGCCAUAAAUGCAGGCAUGAAUGUGGUGAUGCAGCAGCGCACGGAUGACCAGAUGGCUGAGCAACUGCCCCACACGGACUGUGAUCUGGAGUCUGGCGAGCCGCCCAUGGUCAUGCAGGAGCCUCAAGUGCCGACAGCGCCUUAUUACGAUUUGCCGGCUGGACUUAUUGUGCCACUCAUACGAUUGGAGGAUUACAACUAUAAGCCGCUAGACCCGUCGGAAAUCCGUUUGCCAGCGCCAGCGCCGCAAAGCGAACGCCUGACAAAUGCAUUAAAUGCCUUCUAUGCAGCGCCUUCACACGAUCGUCCCAGGGACAAUGAGGGUUGGGAGAAGCUGGGUCUGUACGAGUACUACAAGGUGAAGAAUGCGGCGCGCAAGCAAAAGGAGGAGGAGAUCAGGAAUGGCACACGCGAGAAGUCACGCUCACCCAGUCCCAUAAUCCUGGAGAAAGUCAAGAAGAGCAAUAAGCGCUGCUAUCGUUCAAAGAGUCGAAGUCGGUCGCGUACCCGCUCGCCCAUCAGUCGCAACAAAUCCCGCUCACGAUCCAGGUCGCGUUCUGUGGAACGCGCCGUUACGCCGCCACCGCAACGCAGUCGUGGAGGAGGAGGAGGAGCAGGACCAGGUAGCGGUGGUGGCAGCAAUCGCAAGGCACGCAAUCGUUCACCGCGCCAUGAACGCGACAACAACAGUCGCGAUAGCCGCAACAAUAGCAAUAACAACAGCAACAGCAGCAGUAGCAGCAACGCCAACAACAAUAGCAAUAGUAACAAUAAUAAUAGCAACAAUGUGAACAACUCCAGGCGGGUGGAACGCGACAGAUCGCCCACGCCACCCAGUUUCUUUGGCAGCAGCUUUGCCAAGCCGCAGGAAUUCAUAGAGGAGUCAAAUAAGGGCCAUCAGAUGCUCAUGAAAAUGGGCUGGGGCGGCACGGGUACGGGCCUGGGCUCGAAAAGCCAAGGCAUCGAUACCCCCAUCUCGGGCGGCGAGGUGCGGGAUCGCAAGGAUAUGUACAAGGGCGUGGGCAACAAUCUGAACGAUCCAUUUGAAAGAUUCCGCAAGAACAAGGGAGCCGCCUUCGCACAUCGCAUGAGCACCAGAGAUUACAAAGCCUAGAAGCCUGCUUGCCUACCCUGCCUUGUCUACAUCCCCCAACUGAUGUCGCAUUUCUGUUCACUUUUCCUUCCUUUUAGCCAAGAGAAUACAUUUUUUAUAAAGCAAAAA